AUGUGUGGGAUGGCAAAUGAGGACACAAUGUAUGCUUUAGUAUCGUGUGAUUAUGCUAAGUCCAUUUGGAGCCAAUCUCACCUUCCAAUCCCCAUCAAUAUGACAAAUGUUUUCUAUACUUGGUUUAGUGAACUAUUAAAUAUUUUAGACACUAACCAGGUUAUUCACGCAGCUGCAAUUCUAUAUUACAUUUGGAGGGCCAGGAAUGGUGCAGUGUGGGAUGCAUGCCUGCCACGCCCGCGGAGAGUGCUUGCCUCAGCUGCCGCCGUAGUACAUGCAUGGAAGCAAGCUCAUCCCUCCCGAGAUCACACGCCGAUGCAGCAUGCCACUGGACUGCCGAACGCUGUUGUACAGAAUGCACAAGUACGGCAGCAGCAAGGUGUGGCCGAGAACACGCUGCAACCACCGGAAACCCAUGCGCCAUUGUUGAAAUGA